AGAGAGAGAGAGUGAUAGUGUCAGACGGACAGAAGAGACCGCUAUCAGCAGGCGCCGGGCAUUGAGAACAAAUGCAUGAUGCGAAAGGACUUCACCGCUGCCCGUCGUAAUAGGAUAUCUGGGAAUGAGAGAUUUGUGUUUUAAUCACUGCUGGUUCUGUGUAACUCUCACGCUACUGGAGGGCUGACUGUGUGCCGAUGGUUGUAUUUAGGCUGUGAAUGGAAAGGGUGUUUAAAAAAAACAACAUUUUGCUAAACUCAGAAGACAGGGGUUAAUUGUCACCCGGUUGUGGCAGGGGGGUGAAUGGUGAGGCGGAACGAAGGGGUUACCUGCUGUCCACACCAGUGUAACUCCAGUGCGCUGGUCAUUGAGGGAGGCGGCUGCCAAGUGACGAUGCUGGGAUGGGAAGGACUUGGUAACGCUGCUCAGGCAGUAACUGAGAAGGCAGGCAGCGGCGUCCAACUGCCUCUUGUCAUCUCUCUCCCUCUCUGAACACAGUUUUUUUUGGAUCGGACUGCAUUGCAUUUCCAGCAGCCCCCCCUCUCUUCAAGAGGAGAAUCCUUUUCAAAAACCUCGACUUUUUUUUUCUCUUGCGAUCUAAGAGGCGAAGCGAAGCCAGCACUUGUGCACAGUUUGGAUACACACAGCCUGAAUCUAUUUUCCGGGGUGGUUUUUUCUGGAACAGAUUUAUAUUGUUGGAUAUUUUUUUAAUCCCCUGUUUUUUGGUCGCUUGGAGUUUUUUUUUUUAGUGCCUGCACCAGGUUGCCGUUUGUGGAAGUGUUGGGGUUUUUUUUGGUAUUCUACUUCUUGUGUGCUUGCGGUUGGACGCUCGGCUCUGCUCUGCUCGAAUCGGACUGGCGAUGCGGCUGUGUUUGCUGAUCUCCCCGGCCACGAUGGGACAUGUCCCCGGCUCGCCGCUGACGGGCUUUUACCCCGGCAGGUGGCUGAUGUUACUAGCGCUCAGGUUACUUUUCCUUGUGCCUGCAGGGGAGCCGGUCGGCCGCAGUGACAGUAACAUCCCCAAAGCAAUGGACAACGUGACGGUGAGGCAGGGCGACAACGCCGUACUCAGGUGUCUAAUUGACAGUGGUGUGACACGUGUGGCGUGGCUGAACCGCUCCAGCAUACUCUACGCAGGGAAGGAUAAAUGGUCACUGGACCCUCGAGUGAUUAUCGUGACAAACAGCAAAACAGAAUACAGCAUUCAGAUCAUGUCCGUGGACGUGUACGAUGAAGGCCCUUACACUUGCUCAGUCCAAACUCUCAACCAUCCCAGGACAACUCGGGUGCACAUAAUUGUACAAGUUCCACCAAAAAUUGUCAACAUUUCCAGUAGUGUGGCUGUGAAUGAGGGCAGCAAUGUUACACUCCUGUGCCUCGCUAUCGGACGCCCAGAGCCCACCGUGACAUGGCGUCACCUUUCUCCAAGGGCCCGGGGUUUUGCCAGUGAUGAUGAAUAUUUGGAAAUCACAGGAAUUGUCAAGGAAGAUGCUGGUGAAUAUGAAUGCAGUGCCUAUAACGACGUGUCAUCUGCUGACAUGCGGAAAGUACAAGUAACAGUAAACUAUCCACCGUUGAUCCUUGAAACACGGAAUGUUGGGGCAGCUGUAGGGCAGAAGGGAAUCCUCCAGUGUGAAGCAUAUGCUGUUCCAUCAGCAGACUUUGAAUGGUACAAAGAAGACCGAAGGCUUUCUACUGGAUUAAAUGGUGUGCAAAUUAAGAAAAAUGGAGAUACAUCUGUGCUUACAUUCUUUAAUGUUUCGGAAGAGGAUUAUGGAAACUAUACCUGUGUGGCAAUGAACAAACUUGGCGCCUCAAAUACAAGUGUUCUUCUCUUUGAAGUAAAUGAGCCUACGAGCUCGACCCAGAUUCAAGAAGAGAAAACUUCUACAAUUCUUGCAAAUUGGAAAGGUCCCGGAACAGUGCUUGACGGGAAUAACCGCGCUCCAGCAGGAAUGACUCCGUCACUAUGGCUACUGGUGAUACUCUUCGUCCACUUCCUCUUCAAAUUUUGACGUGACGUGCCCCCACUGAACAGCGCACUGCCUCUAACCCGAACAGAACAAAUAAACUUUGCCUUGCACAGAUUGUGCACAGGCUACAAAACAUCGCGUAUAGGUUCUGUGCUGACAAGUAUUUGUUUUUUUUGUGAGUCCAUACUGAUAUUUCCCCUCUGUUGGCUGCAGGGCGCUGGUGCAUAAUUGCUGUCGAACUGUUAGUUCGGUUACUGUUGAUUUUCCAAUUUUUAAUCCUCCAUGUUUUAGCUGAUGUAGUGUUUACAUAUUUUAUGCUUUUAAUGAUGUUUAUUUAUGCAGGUACCUUUCCCUCACGUACGUAAAGCUGUCUGGUUUUACUGGGUGGAUAAUAUAAUUUACCUGUAUACUAUUUGUAGACUACCAGUAAAUAAUGUAAUAUGCCUGUAGACCAUUGGCUAAUUAACAGGUGGACUAUAGCCCAUUGGCGAGCUGAGCAAAUGUUUAGCAGAUAAGCUGCACACUUAUAACAAAAGGGGCAGUUUUACAUUAAAGUUUAAGGAUCCUUAUCUUAGAGCAAUUCUAUUUCAGAAAUAUAUCUCACUAACGUUUAGGCCCAUAUCGACUAUCACCAUAAUAUAUAAAUUGUGGAAACUAAUACAAUUGUAUCCGUCAUGUACGUUAAAGUAAAUAUAUAACUCCUCAGUUUCCAUUUGAUUGUGUAUUAUGUGUGUGCACAUAACCAUAUUUCUGCACUGGGUCCAAUAUACUUACAACAUUUGCUGAAGGCUUUUCCAGUGACCAGAAUUGAUAACCAACCACAAGAUAAUGCGAAUGACCAUUUGAAAACGCAUCCUGGCAAAGCCUUUUCAGCAUCCUGUACUAUUGGUGUCUCCAAGUUUCUGUGUUACUAGUUUAUAUAAAGGGAAGCCAUGUGAUUGCUUAAAGCUGCAGUAUCCCUUUUAUUUUGUUGGCAUGAUGCAUUUCAAUGCGAAAUUAAAUGUAAACAAUGGUACCCGUUUAAAAACUA